CGUUUCCGCCUCUCCACUUCCGUACACAACUAUCAGCUGAUGACGUGUGCAGUCCACUGCCGCUGCAGUUAGCUAAGCGGCUAACGCAAGCUUUCCUAGACGUCAGGAUAAAAGUGAAUUCUCUACUACAACACGGUUAAAAAUAAGACCAAUUCAGGACGCGAAAAUGGAGACGCUUUAUCAUCAGACAAACAAGGAGAUUCAUGAGGUGCAGUCUUAUAUGGGUGGUUUGGAGAAGACGGAUCGAGAGUCGGUACACCUAUUGGAAAAUGACAUACAGGCACGAGUCGACAGGAUCUUCACACACGUAGAACGGCUCGAGAUCCUGGCCAGUAAGGAACCUCCAAACCGUCGCCAGAACGCUAAACUGCGCGCGGACCAGCUCAAGUACGACAUCCAGCACCUCCAGACAGGCCUGCGGAACUUCCAGCACCGCCGCUACCAAAGGGACGCCCAGGAUCGAGAGAGGGAGGAGCUCAUGAGUCGCACCUUCACCACUAACGACGCAGAUACCUCCAUCCCUAUGGACGAGACGCUACAGAUGAACUCCAACUUGAACAACGCCCAUCAAGGCAUGGACGACCUUCUGGGCAGCGGCUCAAGUAUCCUCAACGGCCUCCGAGAUCAGAGAGGCACACUCAAGGGUACCCAUAAGAAGAUGCUGGACGUGGCCAACAUGCUGGGGCUGUCCAACACGGUGAUGAGGCUGAUCGAGAGGAGGGCCACGCAGGAUAAGCUCAUCAUGAUCGGAGGCAUGUUGCUCACCUGUGUCAUCAUCUUCCUGGUCAUCAGAUACCUCGGCUGAGCACACAGCCACACUCCGAAGGGGAGGCGUUUGAGACGCUUAGGUUAUUUCUGGGGACAGGUUUGCACCACAGCCCUCCUGAUAUGUGAAGAAACAAAGAUGGAAGCACCGUUUGGUGUUUUCUGUGGACAAGGAUCAAAAUCACCACGUUUUUCUUUUUUCAAUGAUUGUGGUAUCGGUUUUCAAUGUUGACUCUUAGUACUUGGUGAUAUUGUAAGACAGCUUAGGUAUUGCAUCAAGUAUUUAAUUUCACCCCAAGAGGACGUUGAUUUAACUUUGGGUCAAUGACCUCCAUGGUUGAUUUAGCCAUAAUAUUUAGCUCAACCUGAACCUGAAAUCCAACAGAUUUAGAUGUAGAGUAUUUCUUUCUGUUUGCCGUCUUAUCUUUUAAUAUCUUAUCAAGCAUCCAUUCUGUUGUCUUUUUAAUACUUGUGCCACCGACGAUGGAACUGGAGAAACAGGACUUUGGGGGAAUGCUUUUAAAGUGAUCAUACUUAAAAUAGGUCUCCCAAUUUCAAAAUGUUUGAUCAAUGAGGAUUACGAUGGACCAGUCAAACUAUGCUGGUUACAGGGACCUUUUGUCACCUAAUACAAUACUGUUGUUGAUACUUAGUAACCGUAGGAUUCACAUUUGGGUCCAAUCUCACUGAGUCAGUGUUUUAGCGGUUAUUUGAAUAAAGAAUUAGUGUACCUGUGAUUGUUGUAAACAUGAUUUUAGAAAAAUGCACAACUGCCAUUCAACAAAUCUACAUUUGCUAAAGGCAGCUCACCACUAGACUACAACAAACUUGCCACUUUACUUCAUCCCAUGUGAAACCUGGCUUUCUGGCGCCACCUAGAGAUUUGUUUUAAAUCAACCCUUUGUGCCUUCAAUUGGGAGAAUUACCUGUGACACACUUGUGCUAUUGUUUGUUUACGCUUUAGUUUUGAUCUUUUUUGUAUGAAGUUUUGCGGUUGGCAAACUAGAAACAUACAAACAACGAAACUCAAAAAAGAUUUUAUUUGCACAAGCGUAAGAUUAAAAAAACAAAACCUCGCUACUGUUUUACAAAUCGGUAUCCUUCGACAUCGCCGGCCUUAGCAAAGAGUUUGGAAAAUACCUAAAUAAAUUACACAUGCAUGUGUCCAUUCUU